CUCCCGACUUGUCGUUCUCUCUUCACUGAGCUGCAUUCUCUAUUUUUCUCUCGACUCAAACCUUAUCCCCCAAACACGAUCAACCCAAUCGUCCCCAUGGCGGCCACGCUCUUCUCCAUCUCCCCCAUGUUCCUCUCCCUCCCCUCGUCCUCCUCCUCAUUUAAGCAGGCCCCCUCCGCAUUCUUUCCCUCGAAGACCCCGCAGCACCGCGCCCUCGCCUCCGCUGGCUGGAGGCACCCGCUCGCUUCCUUGGCCGUGUCCGUGUCGUCAGAUGUCGAGACGGAGGUCGCCCAGGAGUUCUCGGAGGACCUAAGGGUGUUCGUUGGCAACCUCCCCUUCAGCGUCGACAGCGCUCAGCUAGCCGGCCUAUUCGAGCAGGCUGGCUCCGUUGAGAUGGUCGAGGUCAUCUAUGACAAAUUGACUGGACGAAGCCGUGGAUUUGGGUUUGUAACUAUGUCUACUGUCGAAGAGGUUGAGGAGGCAGUUGAGCGGCUCAAUGGCUAUGUACUUGAUGGGAGAAGUUUGAAGGUGAAUUCAGGGCCGCCACCACCCAGGGACCAAUCCUCACCAAGAGGAUUUAGAGAGCAAUCAGGCGGAUUCAGGCAGCAAUCCUCACGUGGGCCUGGUGGUGGGGACAAUAGGGUCUAUGUGGGUAAUCUUUCUUGGAAUGUCGAUGACUCAGCUCUUGCAAACUUAUUCAAUCAGCAAGGGAGUGUCUUGGGGGCCAGAGUCAUCUAUGACAGGGAGAGUGGGAGGUCAAGGGGAUUUGGUUUUGUCACAUAUGGUACCAGUGAUGAAGUUGAGAAAGCAGUAUCUAAUCUUGACGGCUCUGACUUGGAUGGAAGACAGAUCCGUGUUACAGUAGCAGAAGUGAGACAACCUAGGCGAGAAUAUUAAAAAUCCUAUUUUAGAUGAAGCGAAGCGGAACUAUGUAAUGCUGCCAGGUUUUUGCCCUCUAGUACACGUUUCGGUGACGAGCCUGUAGAGUUGGUUUCCUCGCAGUGCGUGGACUCCCUUCCCUCCUUCCCGGUCUCCUGUAACAGAAUCUGCUAAUUUCCUGUUAUGCACCCGGUUCAACAAAUGAAGAUGCCGCUAAGCCUGUGGUUAGUGUCCUUCCUAGUCUCAUGUAACAGAAUCUGCUAAUUUUCUGUUAUGCACCCGGUUCAAAAAAAGAAGAUGCCGCUAAGCCUGUGGUUAGUGUCAGGUACGAAUUAUAUUUUUGUUCUUCAUUGUCAUUCAUUCUAGUGUAACAUAUGAGAUAUGUAUGAUUUGAUUUCAACCAUCAUAUUGCUUC